AUGAAUUUAGAGAAUCCAAAUAAAUUAAAAUGGAAACAAUAAUACAUUAGAAAAUAUAGAGAUCUAUUAGGAAUUUCAAAGUAUAAUAAAUAAUAAAAAAAUAAAAAUAGUUUAAGAAUAUCUGAAGCUUAACCAAUGGAUAAUCAUAUAACUCCAGGUUAUUUGGAUCAUAUUGAUAGAGUAUCAAAAUAAAGAUCAAGAUCAAUGAAAUGUAAUGAUGAGAGUUUUUAAAGCAGAAAUAGUUCUUAUAGUGUCAAUAGAAAACUAUCUGAAAUGAACUCAACAAAGAUUUAUUCAGCUGCUGAAAUGAAUUAAAUUAUCAAACAUGCUAAACUUUGUGGAUUAUUACAUAAUAAACCUUAAGUAAAAUAUAAUUAUAUAUUAAUUAUAGCAUUAACCAUUUUUAGAAUAAAAUAGAAAACAUUUUGAAGAUGUUAGAAAUUUAUAAAAAAAUUGGCAUUAUUCUAAAAUUAGAUAAGAAGAAUUAAAUUAGAAAUUCAAUAGAAUUCCGAUGGAAUAACAUUACCAAUUUAAAAUAAAUAAUAAAAAGCGAGAUUUAAAUAUAUAAAGUUUGAUUUAAGAAUAAAAAACAUUAUAUUUAAGUCAUAAAGCAUAAACAAUAGAAGCAUCAUUAUCAAGUAUUCAAGAUUGA